AGGUAAAAUUUUAAAUAAUUAUAUAAAAAUACAUGAAAAAAAUAUAAAUUUGGCAUUUUAAAUGAAUUUGGCAUUUUAAAUUCACAUAAGAAGAAUGUUAUUUGAUUUGAUUUUAUUAUUAAAGCUAAGGGGUAGUCUAAUUAGGUAUAACAAAAAAAAAAAGAAAUCAUAAAAUAAGAUGAAAUAACAUUAUUAUUAUUAUUAUUAUUCAUGAGCUGUGUGUCAAAUAGAAAUGGUUAUAACAGCUUUUAAUUAUUUUAUUAUUUUAUGGAGUUUUCAUGAAAUUAACUAACUCACCGCCGAAAACGGCCAUAGGCUGGCCGUGUCCAACUAAUAUUCACUUCUAAGCAAGCCCCCACCCCCACAGUUCCAACGCUCCAAUACGCUCCGAAGCUCGAACGCCCCUCCCUCUCCCAUUUCACCUUCGCCGUCUGUCAGUCUCCGAUCUCCGGCAGGGGACAACGUGAUCUUUCCGUCCGUUCGUCGCCGCUGGCGUCUCGCCAAACCCUAGCUGUUGCACUGCUGGACGGGACAAUUAGGAGAAUGAUCAUUUUGGCCCGAUCGUUUUCAGAUCUUAACACAUUUGGUUUUCGAUGAGCUGCUUAUGAUUAGCGAGCUGUCUUCCGAAAAUGGCUACCAGGAAUAGGACAUUAUUGUAUCGGAAGUACAGAGACGCAUUGAAGAGCGCUCGGGCUCCGUUGGGUUCUUCCACCGCCGGUGCCGUGAUCGAACUGUCGAGCGCUUCGCUUCUCCAUCCCAACAGCUCUUAUGCCCCCCUCAGUACGGAUGAUCCCGGAACCACCUCCAGUAAGGAUGCACUCACAAUGGGUCUACCUCCAGCUUGGGUGGAUGUAUCUGAAGAAAUAACAGCAAAUGUGCAACGAGUACGGGUGAAAAUGGCUGAGCUAGCCAAGACUCAUGCCAAGGCUUUAAUGCCUUCAUUUGGAGAUGGUAAAGAAGAUCAACGAAGGAUAGAGGCUCUUACUCAAGAGGUUACUAUUCUGUUGAAAAAGUCAGAGAAAAGAUUGCAGAGACUUUCUGCUGGUGGGCCUUCUGAGGAUUCUAAUCUUAGGAAAAAUGUGCAGCGGUCUCUUGCCACAGACCUUCAGAGCCUUUCAGUGGAACUUCGUAAGAAACAGUCAACAUAUUUAAAGCGGCUCCAGCAGCAGAAAGAGGGUCCAGAUGGAAUUGACUUAGAAAUGAACUUAAAUGGAAAGAAUUCCAGAAAAGUUGAUGAUGACUUGGAUGACAUGGGGUUUAACGAGUAUCAGAUGGCCAAACUGAGGAAAAAUGAGGUAUUCACAGCACAAAGAGAGAGAGAGAUCCAGCAAGUUGUGGAAUCAGUAAAUGAAGUUGCGCAGAUCAUGAAGGAUCUGUCAGUGCUUGUCAUUGACCAGGGUACUAUUGUUGAUAGGAUAGACUACAACAUUCAAAAUGUUGCAGCAUCAGUUGAGGAAGGAUUUAAACAACUGCAGAAGGCAGAGAGAAGACAAAAGCAAGGGGGAAUGGUGAGGUGUGCUACAGUUCUGAUCAUCAUGUGCUUUGUCAUGUUGGUCCUCCUAAUUCUCAAAGAAAUACUUUUAUGAUCUGCGGACAGUCUCUAGAGAUCUUCCUUCAAAAUACUGAUACGCUCCCCUUCCAACUUGUGCAAGCUGAGGUUUCUUGCUUUUUCAAAGAUGGGCAUUCUGAAUGCCCAUUAGAUACAAUAAAUUGCUUAUGUUCUUCCAUAUAUUGUCAUUAUUCAGAGUUCUGUUUCCUUUUGUUUGUUCGGGCUGGAAGGAAAGAGGGAGGACAAGGGGAGCGCGACGAGGAUGAUGAGCAAUGAUUGUAUAGAGAGCAUUUGCUGUAACUGGGUGAGGAGGGUUUUUGAAAUGCACGCGAGCCUGGUGGUAUAUAUUCUUUUAGCUGCCCCAACCCCCAGGGUAUAUCGAAAUUUUUGGUCACAAAAGCAACUUUUCUAUAGCAAUCAAAGUUGCACUCUAUUCCCCAUUCUUUAUGUGAUGAGAUGGAACACGUUUGAGCAAAUUCAAACUAAAUUUCUAUCAUGCUGGACAGUAGAGCCAUCGUAUGGGUAACUUCAUAUUUUGCAAAUUAUUAGGCCUUGUGCGCAAUGUAUGCCUUUAUUUGUUAGAAAUGCUAUUUGGACAAGAAAUUAUUUAUUUAUGUUUUAUGUAUUUA